CACAUGUAGCCAAACCUUGGACUGAAGUGAAAACAGAGCUCCAGAGGCUGCAGGGAUAAACAAGGAGGCCUAACAUGCGCAGGUAGUUCGAUUCGCCGAGGUCUAACGAGAGAGCCCCCCUACCUGUCGCACCAGGACACCGGCAUGUACCCCAACUCGCAGUCGGCCAGACACCCGGCUCACACACUUUCUUUGAACAGUCAGUACUUUCCGCCUCCGUAUGACUUCACCGGGUUUCAUCACGUCCCGGGAGUCGGGGACCCGUCGACAGGUGCCUGGAGCUCCAUGUACGCUCCCCGGGAAGAGUACGCGUACAGCUUCCCGGGGUCAAGCCCCAGCAGCGCGGCGCAGGCCAGCUUCUCCUCCCCGGAGCUGAGCGGCACGCCCACCCCUGCUGGAGGGGGGUCGUUCACCCCGUACAACUUCAUCUCAGGACAGGACCCCUUCGGUCCCAAGAGGAGACCACAUGAAACCGUUUCAGGAACCAAGACUCGCACUAAGGACAAGUACCGGGUGGUGUACACUGACCAGCAACGCCUGGAGCUAGAGAAGGAGUUUCAGUUCAACCGCUACAUCACCAUGAGGAGGAAGACCGAGCUGUCAUUGACACUAGGCCUCUCUGAGAGACAGGUGAAGAUUUGGUUUCAGAAUAGACGUGCCAAAGAGAGGAAGAUAAACCGUAAGAAGCUGCAGAACUCUCAGCAGGCCUCCACAACCACCCCGACCCCGCCUGCUCAGGGUGGGCCCGCUGACUCCCACAUCCCCACCAGCCCCAGCAGCAACAUUUUGUCUGACACUAUAUCAGAGGAAUACUAGGUGGAUUGAAUAUGAAAGACUGAUUCAGCAUGAAAUAUGUACAUAGCGUUGUUAUGUUUUAUAAUGUUACCACAGAUUGAAUGGCGAUGAUUCGCAUCAACAGGAUGUCAUAAUGCUGCACCUCAUGCCUUUUACAAUGACAAGCACUACAUGUCUGUUGCACUGAUCGUUUUUAGUGGGCUUCUCAAACCACUAGUCUUUAGCGUGUUAAUAUCAUUUUUAGAACCACAAUACUCAAUUUAGGACAAGAGUCACUGAAUAUCCUUUCACCUGGGAAACGUGCAAACCAUCUUUAAGAAAGGUUUUUUGGUUGAUAAGUGACAAUGCACUUAUGGUCAAGUAUCUGCUUCAUGAGUAAGACAAUAAGUGGAAUGCUAAAUCUGUUUAAUUUGACUUCAUUUAAGGAAUUAUGUCUCAAAAUCUCUCUAGAGCGUUACAAUUAUAAUGUGGCUUUUGACCAAAUAAAAAGGGAAUUACAAUGAUGCUUAAUUUCUCUUCAUUAGUUUGAAUGAGCACAGAAUGGAAAACAAUGUGAAAGACGGGUAAACGUAAACGUGUGAUGCCAAUUUUCAACAUCCCUUUAAUGUUUCUGUUGAAUUAUUUAUGCCAGAUUUAACAUGGGAAUAGAUCAUUACAAUUAUAAACAAAUGGGUUACAUUAAGGGAUGAGAAAGCAGCUGUAUAUGAUGUAAUGGAAAGGGUUGAUGCACAGAAACAUUAAGAAAUGUUCCGUCAAACAAGUGUAUGAUGAAAUGCAGUUAAAACCUUUUUACUUUGUACUUGAAACGUCUUUUUUUUGUUAGCAACAAGACUGUGAUAACAUCAAAAAGAAACUGACAGCAACUUGUUUAAAAAUAGGCUGUUGAAUAAUUUGUUUGCCACAUCCUGAAAAACAGCUUCCACAUGCGUCAUCAUGCUCUAUUGACAUUGUUUUGUCAGAGUAUUUUAAUUAUAAAAGUCACUGCUUAUCUAGUCUUUUGGGACCUACAGUAUGUAUGUAUGCGAUGUUAAAGUAUGAACUACAUUUACACGUUAGCUAAAUGAACACACGUUUAGAUUUGUUUGUGUUUGUUAGAUUGUCACUUAAAAAAAGAGGAAGUUAACACAUGUAGCAUGCAAUCUCUAGCCACAGAUGGCUAGAGAUUGCAAAAACAGUCGUUUCAAACCAACUUUGUGCAACUCACCGUGUAUUUAUACAAUCAUCGUGGGCAGCGUCUUCUAUUUCAGGAAAUCACAAUAGUGUCUUUGUAUGUUCAAAAGUUAAGCCACGUCAUGCCGAGUGCAUAUGUUUUUUCCGUUCUUUAGCAUUGAUCUGUGUGUCCAUUUGCUUUUUACUGCACAACUAUCUGACACAGUCACACACAGAAAAUCUUCAUGAUGAGUUUUUACAGCUAAUGAGGAAGUGUAACCUUUGUGAAAAGCUGUACCUGCCUACAACAUGACUCAAAAAUAUUAAAUUCAUGGAAUUACAUGACGAGAUGAACUGCAUUUUGUACCAU